CUCGUCCGCCCGUCUGCUCCUCUCCAUCCUCGAGCUGCUCUGCGUGACAGGGGAGGGGAGGCACGCAAUCGACAAGGGAUGGACGGGGGUGGCGGGAUCAUGGCGAGCGCCGCGACGGGGGCGAUGAGCUCCCUGCUCGCCAAGCUGGCCGAGCUGCUGGGGGAGGACUGCUACCAGCACCAGAUGCAGAGGGGCACGCGGCGGGAGGUGGCCUUCCUGCGGGACGAGCUGGGCAGCAUGAACGCGCUCCUCGAGCGGCUGGCCGACGCCGACGCCGCGGCGCCGCUCGACCCGCAGACGAGGGAGUGGAGGGACCAGGUGCGGGAGAUGAGCUACGACAUCGAGGACUGCGUCGACGAGUACAUGGGCCAGCUCCGCCGCCGAUCCGGAGGCGGGGGCGGCGGUGUGGUGGGGCUCGUCCUCAGCUACGUGGGCAGGGUGAGGGAGAUGGUGUCGCGCUGCGGGAUCGCGGAGCAGAUCCAGGAGCUCAGGGCCCGCGUCGUCGAGGCCGGCCACCGGCGGAAGAGGUACAAGAUCGAUGCGGCGGCGGCUAGCCCUAGUGGCGCCGGCGUGGUGCCGGUCGACCGCCGGCUGCCGGCGCUCUACGCGGAGUUGGGGGGCCUUGUCGGCGUCCACGGUCCGAGAGACGAGCUCGUCAGGUUGCUGGGCGAUGGAGAAGAGAGGAUCAAGGUUGUGUCGGUUGUGGGGGCUGGAGGAUUGGGCAAGACCACUCUUGCUAAUCAGGUGUACCGAAACAUCGGAGACCGGUUCGAUUGCAAAUCCUUUGUUUCCCUGUCGCAAAAUCCAGACAUUGGGAUGAUCUUUCGAACAAUGAUUUCUCAAGUCAAAAAGGAUGAAUGUGAGCUCACUGGAUCAGGUGAUUUGGAGCAGCUCAUCAAUGAAUUGAGGGAUUUCCUGCAGGAUAAGAGAUAUUUGAUCGUAAUCGACGACAUAUGGAGUACCCAAGCCUGGAAGAUUAUCAAAUGUGCUUUCAGCGAGAAUACUUGUGGUAGUAGAAUCAUCGUGACAACAAGAAUCGGCACCGUUGCGAAAUCAUGCUCCUCCCCUGAUUGUGAUCUUGUAUACGAACUGAAGGCGCUGAGCGAGGAUCACUCGAAGAUGUUGUUCUUCAGAAGAAUUUUCGGCUCUGAAGAUAAAUGUCCACACCAACUCGAGGAGGUUUCAGUUGAAAUUGUGAAGAAAUGUGGUGGUUUACCUUUGGCAAUCAUUACCAUGGCUAGUCUGUUAACCACCAAGUCAGACACAAGAGAAGAGUGGAUGAAGGUUUGUGGUUCGAUUGGUUUUGGACUCGAGAAAAACUCCGAUGUGGAGGAAAUGAACAUGAUACUAUCUUUGAGCUAUAAUGAUCUUCCUCGUCAUUUAAGGACAUGUUUAUUGUAUAUGAGUAUGUUUCCUGAAGAUUACGUGAUCAAGAGGGAUUAUUUGGUGAGAAGGUGGAUAGCAGAAGGAUUCAUCAAGGUUUAUGGAGGCAGGAACCUGGAGGAGGAGGGGGAAUGCUAUUUUAAUGAACUCAUAAACAGAAACCUGAUCCAAGUGGUGGAUUUUCAAUACGACGGUAGGGUAUAUGCAUGCCGGGUGCAUGAUUUGAUUCUCGAUCUUAUUGUAUCCAAGGCAGUCGAAGAUAAUUUUGUCACUAUAGUUACAGACAAAAGACAAGUACCGCGCAUGCAAGGCAAAGUUCAUCGACUCUCAUCUGACUGCACCAAUGUAGAGAACAUGUUAACACGUUCUUCCAUGGCUGUUGCUCAUGUUCGAUCCCUCAACAUAUUCAGGUACUCUGAACAAAUGCCUCCUCUUUUGAACUUUCGGGCUCUAAGAGUGCUAGAUCUGGAUGGUAAUGAGAAUUUGGAAAGCUCCUACCUUGAAGAUAUAGGGAAAUUGUUUCAGUUGAGAUACCUAAGGAUUCGAGCAAGUAACAACAUUACACUUCCGGAACAAAUAGGAGAGCUGCAGCUAUUGAUGAUAUUGGACCUUCUUAACUGCUACGGUACAAGCGAAUUGCCUGCAAGCAUUGCUAAGCUUUUGAAUUUGAAAUGGCUAAUGGCUCAUCGCGUGACAUUGCCGAAUGGAGUAGGCAACAUGCAAGCUCUAGAGUCGCUGUCACUUGUGGUUGUGGACUACACUACCCCGGUAACCGCGCUACAAGAAGUUGGCAGCUUGACCAAACUAAGAAGCCUUGGAUUGGAUUGGCGCAUCAGUAAUGCACACAAGGGUAGAAUGACAUACGCAGAUAGUCUUGUUUCAUCGCUUGGCAAACUAGGGGCCUCUAACCUUCGAUGUUUGACGCUCAUAAGCCCAUGGUCAUUGGACUUCUUGUUGGAGUCCUGGUCCCCUCCUCCUCACCACCUUCAGGAAUUGUCAAUCAAAGGCUGGUGCCUCAGGAAGAUCCCAGUGUGGAUGGCCUCACUGGCCAACCUCACCUACCUAGACAUCGACAUUGACGUUGUACAGGAAACUGUCGAGAUGCUUGCGUCCUUCCCUGUCUUGCAGUUUCUCAAGUCAUACUCAAAUGCACCAGACCCCCAAGAAAGAUGUCUCGUUGUCAGCAACGGUGGGUUCCGAUGUCUGAAGAAACUCAACUUUGUCGGCUGGACGAACCUGAUGUUCUUGGAAGGAGCGAUGCCGAUGCUUGAAGCGCUCGAGUUUCAGAUUGUUGUGCAUAUAGUGAGAGCUGCAUGUGGACUUGGUUCUCCUGCUGAUCUUGGCAUCCGCCACCUCUCUGCCCUCAAGAGCCUUGUUGUCAAGAUCUACUGUGAGUGUGCGAGAGUAGAGGAGGUCGAGGCAUUGGAGGCUGCUAUUCUGGUUUCUGUCAGUAUGCUUCCCAACAAUCCGACACCGACAUUACAUAAGUUCCGUGAACGGGAGAUGCUAGCAGAUGAUGCAGAACAAUAAGCAACGUUUACACGCCCUACCCGUCCUAGUCUGCUGCAUCCACACAUUAAGGUAUUGAUUCACUGGUGGUUCCUUCAAACCAAACCAAAAUGUCUGCUCAUCUGGGUCUCGAGUCUGCUGCACAAAUUGGAUUAAGCAUAGUAAUUUAUUUUUUAUCAUUCCAGGCAAUGCACACACUUCUCAUUAGGAGCUAAAUUAUAGUUAUGGUUUGCAACUAUUACUUGAGUGAGUCCCUUCCUUUUGUCUUUGUCUUGGUGAACCGGUGAAAUAAAUUUUGAAACAUCCAACUUCUGGGGGUGUCAGUACAUCUGUCUUUGUGGACAAAUGUCUAUAGUGAUGACCGCUGUAGCCGAAAUAAUUUUUGUUUACCAGCUAGUAGCAAUUUUCAAGACAAAUUUUGUUGUACUGUACUUAAUCCAAAAGUGCAUGGUUUUUCUUCUUCAGUGGUCCUAACGGGACAUGUACUUAUUAAGGACGCGCCACAACUUAAUUCCAUUACAGUAUUCUUUAUUGUUGCAA